CAAGAAUCUGCUCAGUCUUAUUAGACACUUCAAAGCGAACAGGGGACAAAAAUGAAGCUCAGCGAACUUUUCGGCUGCUGUCUACCGGUCCGAAGGAAGAAGCACAAGAACGAGAGGGUUGACACCAGCAAGAAGAAGCUAAAAAAGGAGGCUAAGCACCUCAAGAAAGAGAUGGCAGGUAGGAGGAGAAUGGAGGACCUUAGGAUGGACAUCUCAAAGGUGCAGGAGACUGUAGUAGUGUCUCUGGACGAGGUGAAGGAUGGGCCUGCAGUGAGAUUUGAAGGUGAAAAUGCAGUGAUCGCUAUCCACCAUGACCUGAUUGAGUCAUCUGCCAACCGUGGGACACCUCAGAUGGAUGAGGGGGGCUUCAGCAAAGAGGACUGCAACCCAACCGAGUCAUCCAUGGACAACGGGACACUUCAGCUGGACAAGGGAGGCGAUGGGAGCCCAUCUCCACUGCAUGUUGAUGGAAAUGGUGAUCAAGAGUUCAGCAAAGAGGACUGCAACCCAAAUGAGUCAUCUGUUGACCAUGGGACAGCUCAGCUGGACAAGGAGGAUGUCCUAAACAAGUCAACUGCAGACCACGGGACACUUCAGCUGGACGCGGAGGGCGGUAAGAGCUCCUCCCUGCUGCACGGUGAUGGAGACGGAGCGAGCCCUGUGCCUCGUUUGAAACUGGACCAACCUAGAGUCGGGAAGGCCACACCUCAGCCCGGUGUGUGGUGCACGGCUGACACCCCUGAGAACAGAGAUGUGAUGGAGGAAGAGAGGAGGAAAAUAUUGCAAGGAUUUUUCGAGAGGAAGGGCCUCACUACCCAGAAUGCAACCACGCAGGCCACACUGAUCACUGAGGAAGAGAAGUACAAAAACGUAUUUUCAUACGUUUUGUUAGUUGUGCCAAUAAUUGUGGCACUUUUGUGGUGUUUUCUUUAAAUACUUAUUUCUUGAAAGGGUAUUUUGUUUUAUCAGAAUAAAUUUGCUUUCCUUCAA